GGGAAACACUGCAGGGACGCUGAUGAUUGUGCAGUCAGCGAAGUAGAAAGUAACCGCACCUGCUAACGCAGCAACGGUUAAGUUUACAAACUUGACAUUGAGCGAAAAGGAGAGAGAGAGAGGAGCAAAGAGAGAGGGAUGAGAAAGGAGUGAGAGAGAAAGGAAGCCACACCAUAACCUCAAUACAACGUGCAUCUCUCUCAUAUUUGUUAUCGUAUUUGCACAUUUUUUCAUAAAUAAAUAUAAUGUGAAAAAUAUAUUUGGUUCAAGAAGGUUGCUGUGUUCUAACGACAAAGUCAUAUAGAAUAAAAGUCUUUAAUUGCACAUCUUUCUGGAAAGAAAAGCAUUUACCUAUAAUAUCUGAAUAUAUAUACAACUUAUAUAUGAUUUGAUUACUUUGACAAAGAUGGAGAUAUCAAUAUUUAAUGAAAAUGAUUCUGUAUUGCUAGUGGGAGAAGGCAAUUUUUCAUUCUCUGUUGCGUUGUUACAACAAAAUUUGAACAUCAAUUUUAUUGCUACUUGUUAUGAACCCAGUACGAAUCAAGAAGCUACAAAGAAAAAUAUAGAGCAUCUUCAAAAUAAUGGUAUUUGUGUAUUAUGUGGCAUAGAUGCGACAAAAUUGGAAGAAUGUCCCUCAUUAAAAUCCAAAUUGUUUGAUAAAAUUAUUUUUAAUUUUCCUCACGUUGGUGGCAAGAUGAGAAUUGAAAAGAAUAGGGAUUUGUUGAAAAAUUUUUUUGUAUCAUCUGCAAAGAUGAUAAAAGAGAAUGGUCAGGUAUUAGUGACAUUGUGCAAGGGUCAAGGAGGAACAGCUAUGGACAAUCCUAAGAGACGUUGGGAUGAUUCUUGGAAAAUUGUAGAAAUGGCGGCACAUGGGAACUUAAUAUUAACGAGAAUAGAGCCCUUUUUGUGGCAGUCUUUUCCAAACUACGUUGUGACAGGAUACAAAAGUUUAGAGAAACAAUUUCAUACAGUAGGCUCGUUGACACAUUGCUUUACAAAGAGCGAGCAACCUACAAUACACAAUAUUGCACCUAGUAACAAGAUAAAUUCCUUUAAAUAUACCAUAGACAAUAUUACAUGGAAAGAGAUAACAAGCAAUGUCCAAAAUGUAUCGGAUUACGAUAUCAAGACACUGUGUGUCACCGCAUGCGUUCGUGAACAGGAUUCUAUAGCUAAACCUCUACGUAGCAUAAAAAAAAAGUCAAAACAUAACAAUCCACAAUAUUUCGUGGAUAUAAAACAGGUAAGAACAAUCGGAGGAAAUGGUGGGGAUGGGGAAUUAACAUUUUUACAACUGUGGGUCAACGAUCAAGCCGGUCCCGAUGGGGGUGAUGGUGGAAAUGGUGGUCAUGUAAUAUUUGAGGCAUCCACGGAUGUGAAAGAUCUUGGCCAUGUACUGCCUGUUAUUGAAGCUGAAGAUGGAGAGAAAGGUUACUCCAAGGAUUGCUUCGGUAAAAAUGCACAACACAAUGUGAUAAAAGUGCCGAUUGGCACGAUCGUGCGCGACCUAACCGGCAAAAUAUUGUGCGACUUAAAUCAAAGCGGGAUGAUGUUUAUCGCCGCGAGGGGCGGCGCAGGUGGGCACGGUAAUGCCUUCUUCAAGUCUGAUGUAAAUCAGUCGCCCAAAAUAUGUGAAUACGGCGCAAUCGGGGAGAACCUGCAGUACUUGUUAGAAAUCAGAAGCAUGGCCCACGUUGGAUUAAUCGGCUUGCCAAACGCUGGCAAAAGUACACUUUUACAAGCAAUAUCCAGAGCCAAACCGAAGAUAGCUGCGUAUCCUUUCACCACCUUGAGACCUCACAUCGGCAUGAUACAGUACGACGAUUAUGAACAAGUUGCAGUGGCCGAUAUGCCCGGUCUCAUAGAAGAUUCGCACAAGAACAAGGGACUCGGCAUAACUUUCCUCAAACACGCGGAACGUUGCGCUACUUUAGUGUUUAUCAUAGACAUUACAUUGGACGAGCCGUGGAGAAGUUUUGAAAUGUUAAGAUACGAAAUUAAUCAGUUCAACCCGAAAUUGAACGACAGGCCGCUUCUCAUCGUGGCAAACAAGAUGGACCUGCCGAAUGCUGAGGUUAAUUUACAAUUAUUCCAAGAACAUGUGAAUAUGCCGGUGAUUCCUAUAUCUGCCAAAAUGGGCACCAAUAUCUCCAAAUUGUUGAGGGAGAUCAAAAUAUUGUAUGACAAUUUUAAGAUCGACGAGCCAGAAAAAAACAAUGAGGGCAAUGAAGAAUUCUGAUGAAAGCGUGUGUAACAA